AUGUCGCGAAAACCUGCAGACGUCGCAUCGAAAGAGCGCAACGAGUAUAUCCCGGCUUUCAUUUCCAAGAAGCCCUUUUACGUCGACGAUGAUUCCUCGGCAAAUGAUUAUCUAGAGCAUCAGCGUCUUCAGAAAUCAACGGCAGAUCAAUCGAAAUGGUACGAGCGCGGGAAGCGUGCCGGUCCAGCUGCCACCAAAUAUCGCAAAGGCGCUUGUGAGAACUGCGGUGCCAUGACCCACAAAACCAAGGAAUGCUUGAGCCGGCCGAGGAAACAAGGUGCAAAGUGGACAGGCAAAGACAUCCAAGCCGACGAAAUUAUACAAAACGUCGACCUGGGCUGGGACGCCAAAAGAGACCGAUGGAAUGGGUACGAUGCCGGCGAGUAUCGACAAGUAGUGGAGGAAUAUGAGGAACUGGAAAAGCUCAAACGCCAAACGAAAAAGGACCCCACGGCCGCGAAUGAUGAUCUAGAUGAGGAUGCCACCGAGCAGGAAGCUCGAUAUGCGGAGGAGUCUGAUAUGGGGAGACAACAAAGCACGGCGACCCGCAACCUACGACUUCGAGAAGAUACCGCAAAGUACCUGCUGAAUCUCGAUUUGGAUUCGGCCAAGUACGAUCCGAAGACGCGACGCAUGGUAGACAUGGGCGCCCAAGAGGAUAUGGCCGCUGCUCUUGUGGCUGAAGAAAACUUUGUGCGUUCUUCGGGUGAUGCAGCUGAAUUCGAAAGAGCCCAACGAUAUGCAUGGGAAGCACAAGAACGUGGUAUUCAGAAAAUCCACCUACAGGCCAACCCAACCUCAGGCGAAAUCAUGCGGAAGAAGGAGCUGGCCGAGGAGACUGCGAAGCGCGAAACACAACGCAAGGCGCUUCUCGAAAAGUACGGUGGUGAACAGCAUCUGAAACCAAAACCGCUCGGCGACACGAUUGUUAUCGAAAAUGAACGAUUUGUUGAAUACGAUGAAACAGGAGCGAUCAAAGGCGCGCCGAAGAAGGCAGCAAAGUCAAAGUAUCCUGAAGAUAUCCUUACGAACAACCACAAAUCUGUAUGGGGAAGUUGGUGGCAUAAUUUUCAAUGGGGUUAUGCGUGCUGUUUCUCGACCGUCAAAAAUAGCUACUGUACGGGUGAAGAGGGGAAAAGAGCAUUCGAGGAGGGAGGUAACAUGUUGCUGCUUCCCGAGGCCGACGCAGAGAAGCCCUCGCAUGCCAUUGAUACGCCUGCCAACCCAGACGAAGCUACAAACUCUGAGAGCACGAGUCAACAGCGGGAUUCGACCACGAAGAAGCGAACCCUCAUGGAGGUUCAAACAGGAAUCUCAGAGGAAGAGUUUGACUCUUAUAAGCGCAGCAGACUGGCCGCCGAUGAUCCCAUGGCUUCAUUUAUAGGCAAAGACGAUGGUCAAUAG